AUGGCUUCCGAGCAGACGGUGCACAUGAACGGAGGACAAGGGGACACAAGCUAUGCCCGCAACUCCAGCCUGCAGAACGCUGAUCAGAACAGGAUGAGGCCCCUCAUAGAAGAGGCCAUCGCCGAUCUACUCAGUGCCAGCGCCUCCAUGCCCAGAAGCAUGGUGGUCGCGGACCUGGGAUGCUCCUCCGGCCCAAACGCUCUCGCUCUGGUGUCGAUCGCCGUUGACGCCAUCCGCGGUCAGUGCUUUCGUUCCCGGCAGCCGCCGCUGGAAGUCUGCGUCUUCCUCAACGAUCUUCCAGACAACGACUUCAACAUGGUGAUGAAGAGCUUGGUGGCGUUCCAGCAAGGCCACAGGUCGGUCGUCACCGGUGUUAUACCAGGGUCGUUCUACGGGAGGCUCUUCACCACUGGCUCCUUGCAUCUCGCCUGCUCGGCUAACAGCCUGCACUGGCUCUCCGAGGCUCCUGAAGAACUGAGGAGGAACAAGAUCCCGGCAUACGACAUCGACGAGCACGUGAGGCGAGGAAGACGGCGUGUGGUCAUCGGAGCCUAUGCGCGGCAGUUCAGGAAAGAUUUCAAGCUUUUUCUUGAGCUGAGAGCCAAAGAAUUGGUUGCAGGAGGGCGAUUGGUUGUUUCCCUUGCCGGGAGGCGCUCUGAAGAACCUGCUGCCGAAUUCACUCAUGCCUGGGAAUCAGUCGUCCUUAUAUUAAGGUACAUUGAUUUAGUUAGUUUUGUUUCAUUUCUGAACCAUUCCUAA